CACAUCUUUUUCCUUUUCUUUCCCUUUUUUUUCUCCUAUUAUUUAUCUUUUUAUAUACAAUGAUGUCUUCAAACUCGAAUUCUAUUGAAGUAAAAGAAACUAUUGACAUUUUACAUGAAAUGUCCUCCAUCCUGAAUACUAAACUAGAUAGAGAAACUUUGGCCUUAUGUAUUUCUUUAUGUGAAAAAGGUGUUAACCCCGAAGCAUUAGCUGCGGUUAUUAAGGAUUUACAAAAGCAUCAAGGUUCUUCGUCAUCACAAAGAACGUCAACUACCAACUUACAUACUUAGUACCUUUUUAUUUUAGUUUUCCUUUUUUUUUUUUUUUUAGUAAUAUCACUAUCAUGUUCUACCUUUUAGGAUAGAUAUUAUUAUCAUCAUAUUUUGUAUAAUAUUCACCAUGCAUUGGAACUCUUUUGCUUACCAUACCCAAUAAACUCCGCACAAGCCACUUGAUUUUUUCUUUCACAC